AUGUCGCUGCUCAAGAAAAGAAAGCUUGAGUUGGGGGGCGGCGGAGGGGAAGGUAGUGAAGAGGAAGAUGGCGGAGAGGGGGAGGCGGUUCCGCCGCGACCCCGGAGAACAAAGCGGGAGCGGGACCAACUGUAUUACGAGUGCUACUCCGAUAUAUCGGUCCACGAGGAGAUGAUCGCGGACCGCGUCCGCACGGAUGCCUAUCGCCUGGGCAUUCUGCGGAACUGGUCAGCAUUGCGAGGCAAGACAGUACUGGACGUGGGCGCGGGCACCGGCAUUCUGAGCAUCUUCUGUGCCCAGGCCGGGGCUCGGCGUGUGUACGCAGUGGAAGCCAGCGCAAUCUGGCAACAGGCCCGAGAGGUGGUGCGGCUCAACGGGCUGGAGGAUCGGGUACACGUCCUGCCGGGGCCGGUGGAGACGGUGGAGUUGCCGGAGCAGGUGGAUGCCAUCGUCAGCGAGUGGAUGGGCUACGGACUGCUGCACGAGUCCAUGCUGAGCUCUGUGCUCCAUGCACGGUCCAAGUGGCUGAAGGAGGGCGGCCUUCUCCUGCCGGCUUCCGCCGAGCUCUUCGUGGCACCCAUCAGCGACCAGAUGCUGGAGUGGCGCCUGGGUUUCUGGAGCCAGGUGAAGCAGCACUACGGCGUGGACAUGAGCUGCCUGGAAAACUUCGCCACACGCUGCCUCAUGGGCCACUCCGAGAUCCUGGUGCAGGGCCUGUCCGGCGAGGACGUGCUAGCCCGGCCUCAGCGCUUUGCUCAGCUGGAUCUGGCCCGCGCCGGGCUGGAGCAGGAGUUGGAAGCCGGGGUGAGUGGGCGCUUCCGCUGCAGCUGUUAUGGCUCGGCGCCAAUGCACGGCUUCGCCAUCUGGUUCCAGGUGACCUUCCCCGGAGGGGACUCCGAAAAACCCCUGGUGCUGUCCACCUCACCGUUUCACCCGGCCACCCACUGGAAGCAGGCGCUCCUGUACUUGAAUGAGCCGGUGCCAGUAGAGCAGGACACGGACAUUUCCGGCGAGAUCACACUGCUACCCUCCCAGGACAACCCCCGUCGCCUGCGCGUGCUGCUGCGCUACAAAGUUGGGGACCAGGAAGAAAAGACCAAAGACUUUGCCAUGGAGGACUGA